AUGUCGUGGGAUGGGUCAGUCUAUACUACGAUUUUGGCGUUCGACAACUGCGAGGAAUGGCGUUACUUCACACGUUCGCGGAGCCUCAGGGGAGUGACUCUAUUAGAAGAGGACACUAAACUCAAUACUCUCGUGCCUGAUGUUUGGCUCAUACCUUUGUUGAUGGAUCAUUGGGGGAGGGCAAAGAACGGCUGCCCGACGAGUACCUUCUUGAACUUGCAAAUCAUGGGAGGAUCUCAAGAGGACAAAUUUUCCCAAGCGAAAGCGUUUAUCGGUACCAGAGGCUUCUCAUUUAGCCUUCAGACAAAUCAGCCAGAGGAAUCAUUCCUUCGGAGCGACGACGCCCUUUCCCACCUCGUCCAUAUAGGGCUCCUUCCACCAGCUGUCCAGAUCAAGGCAGGAUGUUCACGUCAUGGUGGUGGUGGUAUGAAGGGUGAAGAGAAGGUUGAUGAAGCCGGUGGGGAGGAGAAAGACGAAGACGAGGGGAAAGGGGAAGGGAAGGAGGAAGCCGUCGAGGAGAAAGGCAAGGAGAAAAGCAUUAAGGGGAAGGACAACAACGAGAAGAAGAAGAAAGACACAAGAGUUGAGGGAGACGAGAAGAAACUGGACUUAUAA